UAGCAGCGUUAUUAUUAAGCGAGCGUCCGUCGCACGGAAAGUAGCGAGUGAGAGAGAUUAUUGUGAGCGCGCUCCAGCCCAACCGCGGAUCCGCGAUAGUCGCCAUCCAGUCGCUCACUCGCGAAGCGUCGAGUUGGUACACUCAUACGUUCAUUUAUUUCCGUUUUAUUAAUGCAACAAUACAGACGAAGAACAAUAGUGAAAGAGCAUUUGGUGGCGAUCAGUGAAGGUUUUGGACAGCAAUUAUUGUUCUUUAACUUUUGUCGAUCGUGUUGUUCUAUUAUCGCCCGUGUUGUGGUUAGCAAUCAAAUAAUAUCAAAGCAAUAGUUCAGUGAGUUAUACAACUAAUACGUACUUAAUUAAUUAAUUAGAUACAUUGUUAGUAGUACGCUCUAGGGGCCGCAUUUGUUUUUCUUCACUUAUUAAUUACAUACGUUCGUAAUUUUUUUAUAAGUGGUACACUUAGUCAGAUGCGGUGGACGAUAUGGCUAGGAGGCAAUGCCAAAGGAAUGGUUCUAGAGGAACGUCAGGUUCUACUUCAGACCUGAUGCCUUCCGUAAUGGGUGCCUUCGACGCCCUCUGGGACAAAUCCUCUCAAGGGUUGGGGAACGACUUGGACGAAGGGAACGGGUCCCUUAUCGCGAGUGCAAAAAUAACGUCAUCGGUCAACAGACGUCAAAUCAAUAAUUUCGCGCGUCUUUCGCGUAACGUGCAAAAAAUUUUAGCGAACGUUCCUGACGAAGAACUUAGUAAGAACUUUAGUGGCGACGAAACGUUAUUGAAAAAGUUUAAUGACGCGCGGCGUUCAACGAGGUACCAGUCGUUCCAACAACGAGUAUCUCCUGAAAAGAACACCCACAGGAGUAACGAGAGUUUGGACAUAAUCUCCCCAAAUGUGCAGAAAAUCUUAUCGAAUUUGCCAGACACGGAACUCGUUCUGCCCAGUUUAGAUAACAGCAGCAGUAAUAACACAUUGAAAAACAACUCCUUCCUGCACAGAACCGAUGGUCUGAAGGUUUCGAAGAGUACGUCAAACAUAGUCGGCAGUGAUAGUGGCAACAACAAAAGCAACGGUAGUUUUUUGUUUCACGCCAGUGCGCACAGUGUCGGUGGUAGCAGUUUUGACGGUAGAUGUGGGGGUUGUGACGAUGACGUGCCCGCGUGUACGGUGAGUGAAAGGGACGAGGAGCAGGAUGAAGUGGAAAGUGAAGGGUGCGCGGAACUGGAUGCGCCGCGACCUCUUGGUAGUUAUCUGCACAAAUCGCCAUCGGGAAUCGCGUCCAGGACUCCGGCUGGCCGGAAAAACCUGGGCAAAUUUUUACAGGUGCCCAGUGAAAGCAGUGUAGGAACCAAUAGCACAGCUUCGUCCGAAGUAUCCAGGCCCGUAUCACUCACCAGUUUGGGCUCGUGUUCUUCGAGUAGUAGCGGCGGCGGUCCCACUCAGCCCGGUUCUGCGUAUUUAGCGUCAGCCGAAAGUUUAGACAGCGAUCUUGAACCUUCAGGAAGUCAAGGUUCAGCCGACAGCGGCAUAGCGGAGCAGCCCACUAUGAGUCCCGAGCUCUGUGUACUUCAGGAGGUUAUGGACACCGAGAAGGUUUACGUAGACGAUCUCGGCCAAGUCAUUGAGGGAUACCUAAAACCUUGGAAAAACGACUCAUCCUGUCCUCUUGUAGAACAUUUACAAGAUCUCUUUAGUAACAUUGAAGAGAUUUACAGGUUUAACAGAGAAUUUCUCGAACAGUUGAAAGAAGCAAAUUUCGAUCCUACAAAAACGGCAAAUUGUUUUAUUCAAAACGAUUCCGGUUUUUCAAUUUACACAGAAUAUUGCACGCACUACCCAAGAACCAUGGACGUUUUAGGGGAAUUAACUAGGGAUGAAAAAAUAGCAGCACUAUUUCGAGAAAAGCAAAUGAAACUCGGCCAUGCCCUUCCUUUAGGAUCAUAUUUAUUAAAACCUGUACAGCGCAUACUCAAGUACCAUUUACUAUUACAGCGUUUAUCAAAACAAUGUUCAACAUCGCAUAAGCCAGCGGUCGAUUUAGCUUUGGCGACGAUGACCAGCGUCGCGACGCACAUUAACACGAUGAAACGCAAACACGAACAUGCCGUUAGGGUUCAGGAAAUCCAGUCUCAAUUGUACGGUUGGACUGGAUCCGAUCUUACUGCAUUAGGGGAGCUAAUUGCCGAAGGGACUUUUCGAGUUGGGGGAGCCAGGGGGAGGCGCCACGCAUUUUUAUUCGACAAAGUAUUACUGCUCGCAAAGACCAAACCCGACGGCUAUCUGGCAUACAAAAUGCACAUCAUGUGUUCCAAUUUGAUGUUGGUAGAACAAGUAAGAGGUGAACCGUUAAGUUUUCAUGUUUUGCCAUUCGACAAUCCUCGACAACAGUGCACGUUGCGAGCCAGAUCGGCCCUUCAGAAGAGAGAAUGGACUUUACAGUUGAAAAGGGCCAUUCUGGAGAACUACAACGCCGCGAUACCCAGCCACGCUCGUCAAUUGGUUAUGCAACUGGGCCAAGACGUACCGGAUGUGGUGGACGACGAAAAGUGGUCACCUCCUCUCAAACAACAUUCAGCACCGCAGUAUUUAGAACGACGGAGUCGUUUCAGGAAGACGCGCGACUCCAUGGGCAGUCGUAGAGCUGCAUCGACUGAGAGAUCGUUCCCUACAUUACCGAAUUGGAGGCGGAAAUCGGAGCCCGGCAUAAUCAACCAAUACACGACCAAAACCCUGCCGAAACGUAUUACAAAACUUAAAAAAGUCAAAGACCAAACUGCCAAGUUCUACACCGACUUUUCUGACUCCGAAAACGUGGGCGAGUCGAUGGAAAGCCUGAACGUUAGCAACGAUAAGACUGAAGAAGACAAAGACCAUAUUACGCCUCUAGGUGACAAUAGUAACGAAGACAAUUUACAAGAAGUCAGCGUUCUUGAAGAUAUCGACGAGACUGAAGUGGCCACUAACACUCUCGAGCGGGUGGUGUCUGAUUUACUCAUGCAAAAUCAAGAAUUUCAACGAGUGCUAAGCAAACAGAAGAAAGGAAAAGAUCCAGAAAGUCCAGACGUUUGGCCACCAGAAGAAACGGAACUGCCCAACAAGGCUGAUUCUUUACCUCGAGAUUUUCAACUGAAUCAACAAGAAAAAGAUGACGCAUUCAAAAAAGAUGGACAAAAGUUGACAGGAUGUUUAUCUUUCAAAAUGAAGUCAGAAACAAACACAGACGAACGUCAAGAAAAGACCAUCCUGUUGGGUCUAGAUGAAGACAACAAUCACCCAGAGCAUAAAAUCUACAGGAAGAGCGUCAUCCGUUCCAGUCUCGUUCAAAGAUUCCGUGCCAUGUUACACGAGGAACAAAAGCAAAAGUACAAGAGCAAAGUUCUGUCUUACAAGCAAGGAUCAGAAAGCAUGGGAGCCAAAAUAGCCCAUCCCGAUUACGUCGAACCAGUUCGUCUAUUUUCCUCGACGAAAACGUUGAACUCUUUGGACUCGCCAACGUCACCCUCUGAAGAAAAACCAAAGGGUCUAACCAAGCAACGAUAUUCCGAUCAACCGAAAACCGACACAGACGUAAAUGCUUUGAACGAUCUUAAAUCUAGUCUUGAGGGUUCGAGGAGUUCGGAUAACCUGAAAAUAACAAGCCAAAAUUUCGACAGCUUCUACGAGUCUCUCAUGGAACAACGACUGAGUGAAGAGUACAUAAUGCAAAACCGAAACGUCCAGAAUGAAGAUAAGGCGGGAACGAUGGUCAAAAUAAAUUAUGAAACAACCGUUACGACCACCAAAGGAGUAGAGAAAAGUCAAGGUGAAGUAUGUUCCGAAAAUCCGCCCCCAUUAAAAGAAAAACGAAGUAAUAUGAAACGUCCGACCAAAGCACCACCUCCCAUACCCAGCAAACCCAGCAGACUCUUGAACAAUAGUACCACCACGGUUGGAUCAAAUUCACCAUCGUCGAAAGAAAAUGUGUCUGUGGUGAGAAGCAGGAGCGAACCCGUGUCAUUGAAAAGCGAAAUUCACUGCAAACCGAUGACGACUUCCAAAGGUUGGGUCAAGACUGUGGUUGGCAGGUUUGAAUAAUAAUAUUUUUUGGUAGUUUAGAAAGUUAUUUAUCUUUGGAUAAUUAUUUUUGUUUCAAUUAACACUAAUAAUCGUAAGUAGCGAAAUUAGAACAUGGUAUAUUACUAUGUUUUCCUGUAAAUAAUAUUCACCUUUAUGGCCUGUUUUAUUGUUAAAUAAUUUUAUGUAAUUGUUGAACGAAGUGCCAAAACUAGUUGAAUCGUUGUAAAGUAAAAGAAAGCAACGACGUGCAAGUAAGAGAAAUAUACGAGAGGAAGAUAAUAUUAUUUUAAAAAUUUUUGCACUCUGUUGUAAACGAUGAUGAAAUAUUAUUAUUUAUAACAAUGUUCUUUACGUUUUCUUAUCGUCAGUACAAACCUCGUUAGUCCUUUAGCUUUACAAUGUAAAUAAAUUAUUUUUUACUUAU